AUGGCUUCAGGAGGUGGUGAUGGAAGAAGCAGUAGAUAUGGAUCAUCCUCAUCCAUGUAUCGAGGUGAUGAUGAUAAUGAUUAUUCAUCACGAGGAUCUAACAAUAGUUUCUAUGGAUCUCAAAAUUCACUUAAUCAUGAUAUGACUCAUGAUGUAGUUGCUGAUUUUAAGAAAUUUGUUCAAAACAAAAUUGAUCAACGCCAACCAAUUAGUCAACCAAUUAUGGAAUUAGAAAUUGCUAAAAUUAGACGUAAAAGAAAUCCUAAUCGAUAUGAACUCGAACAAUGGAAACAACAACUUCCGUAUGAAAUUAAAAAUUGUUCCGAUAGUAUUUUACGUGUAUCAAUGGCGUAUGGAGAUAAUCCAAAUCAGAUCAAAUCAGUUAUACAAUCAAAAAUGAACGAAAUCAAUUCAAAUGUAGAUCCUAUGGAAACUUCACUUGAGAAUAUUGCAGAACCUUUGAGAAAACUUCGCAGCGAAUUAGAAAGAACUCCAUUGACAAAUGUAUUUCGUGCCGUUCAUAAUAUCAAUAGACAUGGUAAUAAUCGUGCUGAACGUUUAUUUCUCAGUGAAGCGUAUCAUUUCGCUCCUGGACUAAAUAGAUAUACAUAUGAUGAUGCUCAUAACGCAGUAGAAGCUAUUUCUAGAAAAAAAUUUGAAUCUGACAAGUCGGAUCAUCUUCUUUCGAUUAUAAAAACAUGUAAAGAUGUUGACGACAUUUAUCAAUAUAUAGAAAAAAUUUCACCACCACCACCAGCACCAGCACCACCAAGUGCACGACCUCAACCAACGACAACACCACCACCACAAAGACCCACCAAUGUAGUUGGUCCUCAAAACACAACUCCUUCCCCCAGCAAUACUAAUCCUCAUAGAAACUUUUACUUCAAACCUCUUGAAAAUCCUUAUAAAACAUCUCCUCAAACAUCAGAUCGUUCAUCAAGACAAUUCGGUAGUACAUCAAGAGAUGAACGAAGUGAAAGUCCUCUAGAACGUGAUCUUGAUUGA